CUGCACCUUGCAUUUGCAACGAUACCGUUACAUUCGGUAUUCGGCAUUACAUGGAGCCUACCUGUGCUUUUGACUCGAAUCACGGACAGGAAAUCUCCGACCGUCCUUUCUCCACCCUUAAAGAGGUUUCAAGAUGGUCAUCCCUUUUAACCGGCUCAAUCUGACUAAUCCCAAAUGCAAAGCUUUCAACAGUGAAUAGGCUUCCGAGGACACCGAGUAGACACAUAUUCACAUUUAGCCUACUUAUGCUGGUUUAAUGUGCAAUUUUGGCGUAAUUAAGAGAGUGACAGUCUUUGCAGCACAUUCGCACAUAGCUUCUGGUUUGGAAAUCGAAGGAAGCUGAAAGAGACGUGAUUUGCAUGUUCUUCCUCGGUAGAUCAACUACUGGACAACCGUAGAGGAAAAUGCUUCUUCACAUGUGAAGGUGGAAAGCAGUCGGCCUGGUGCAUGGUUCGUGUUAAAUUGCCAAUUGUCGGAAACCGACAGAAGUGGACAACAGACAAACUUUUAUGACUGGCAGCUGAGACAGCGGCGUGGUGCUGAAGAGAAAUGGCUUCCAAAGAGGGAGGCGAUGUGGCCGCUGUUGGGGCGGGCGACCCCGGCGCCGGUGCCGCGGCUGGAGGGCGCAAGAGGGCUGGGGGCGCCAAGAAGCAGAUGCAGGCCAACAAGUCGGCCAUGCGCGCCCCUCGAGCCCUCUGCUGUCUGACGCUGAGCAACCCCAUACGCAUGGCAGCGCUCGCCCUCGUCGAGUGGAAGCCUUUCGACAUAUUCAUCCUACUGGCCAUUUUUGCCAACUGUGUUGCUUUGGGGGUGUCCAAACCGUUUCCCGAAGAGGAUUCAAAUGGCACAAACCACACCUUGGAACAAGUGGAGUAUGUAUUUUUGGUCAUCUUCUCAAUCGAAACAUUCACCAAGAUCGUGGCCUACGGCCUGGUGAUGCACCCAAGCGCAUACAUACGGAGUGGAUGGAAUUUGCUGGAUUUUGUCAUCGUCAUUGUCGGUCUGUUAAGUGUGAUUGGUGAGAUGGGCGGGGACCAUAAGCCUGGGGAGGCCCACCACGCGGCAGGGAAGCCUGGAGGUCUGGAUGUCAAAGCACUGAGAGCUUUCAGAGUGCUACGUCCCCUGCGAUUGGUCUCUGGUGUACCCAGUCUACAGAUUGUGUUGAACUCCAUCAUGAAGGCCAUGGUGCCCCUGUUGCACAUUGGAAUGCUGGUCGGUUUUGUCAUCGUCAUCUACGCCAUCAUUGGGCUCGAGCUCUUUCUUGGCAGGAUGCACAAGACCUGCUACUACAAGGGCACAGAGCUGAAUGUGGAUGACGACCCCACACCGUGUGCGUUUGCGGGAAACGGCCGUUUCUGCGUCGGCAACAACACAGAUUGCCGCGAAGGCUGGGAGGGUCCUAACGGCGGCAUCACCAACUUUGACAACAUCUUCUUUGCCAUGCUCACCGUGUUCCAGUGCAUCACCAUGGAGGGGUGGACUGAUGUGCUCUACUGGAUGAAUGACGCCAUUGGUAUCGAGAUGCCCUGGGUCUACUUUGUGUCUCUGGUCAUCUUUGGGUCCUUCUUCAUCAUCAACCUCGUCUUGGGUGUGUUGAGCGGUGAGUUCUCUAAAGAGAGAGAGAAGGCUGUGGCUCGUGGAGAACUGCAGUUGGCCCAGGAGAAGAAGCAGAUGGAGGAGGACAUGGUGGGAUACAUGGACUGGCUCAUCGAGGCCGAGGUAAAGGACGAGGACGGGAACAAACGUUCUGUGGUCGCCAAGAAGAAAAUGAUGAAGAAGUAUGGAUGGUACAAGCACAGUGAAGACGGAGAAUCUGACUCUGACUCGGAGUUUGAAGCAUUCCUCGAUGACGAUGGGGGCUGUUGUGCUUCCAUUAUGGCGCGACUGAUGACCAUUAGCUUCUGUGAGCAGCUGUUCCACCUGAACCAGGCGAUGCGUAAGAACUCAAGAGUGGCGGUCAAGUCUCCCAACUUCUAUUGGCUGGUGCUGUUCCUGGUGUUUCUGAACACGGCCGCCAGCGCCUCCGAACACUACGGACAGCCAAAAUGGCUCACCGACAUUCAAGAACGAGCCAAUAAGAUCCUGCUGGGCCUCUUCACCAUGGAGAUGUUGUUGAAGAUCUACAGUUCUGGGAUGCAGGUCUACUUCAUAGCCCUCUUCAACCGCUUUGACUGUUUUGUGGUGUGUGGCGGUAUCCUGGAAACGGUUCUCGUGGAGAUGCAAUUCAUGCCCCCUGUCGGAAUCUCUGUGCUGCGCUGCAUUCGUCUGCUCCGUAUCUUCAAGGUCACCAGACACUGGGCUGCCCUGUCUGACCUGGUCACCUCGCUGCUCAACUCCAUGAAGGCUAUCUGCUCCCUGCUGUUGCUCCUCUUCCUCUUCCUCAUCAUCUUCGCCCUGCUCGGCAUGCAGCUGUUCGGUGGCAAGUUCAACUUCGACGAGACACAGAUGAAGAGGAGUACCUUCGACUCCUUCCCCUCGGCCCUGCUCACCUGUUUCCAGAUUCUGACCGGAGAGGACUGGAACUCUGUGAUGUAUGACGGCAUCAUGGCUUACGGGGGUCCUGUCUUCCCCAACAUGAUUGUCUGUGUCUACUUUGUCAUUCUUUUUGUCGUUGGUAACUACAUCUUGCUAAACGUCUUCUUGGCUAUCGCCGUCGACAACUUGGCCACUGGAAGUGGGAAAACCAAAAAAGAAGAGAAGAAAGAGGAGGAUGAUGAGUGGGAAGAAGAUGAAGAUCGUGAGGAGGAAGAGGAGGCUGAGGAGGAGGACUGGGAGAAUGAGGAGCUAAGAGCCAUCGAGGGGCUGGAAGGAGUUGGCAUUCCUAUGAAGGCGGAAAGUUUCACGCCAAAGGAGAAGAUUGUGCCUAUUCCUGAUGGAAGCUCCUUCUUCAUUCUUGGGAAGAAGAACUGCCUGCGAGUAGCCUGCCACAACCUCAUUCAUCACAGCUACUUCACCAACCUCAUCCUCGUCUUCAUCAUCCUCGGUAGCAUCUCAUUGGCUGCUGAGGACCCAAUCAGGCACCACUCCUUCAGGAACAUCGUGCUGGGCUAUGCAGAUUACGUUUUCACUUCCAUUUUCACCGUUGAGAUUAUUCUGAAGGUGACGGUGUAUGGAGCUUUCUUGCAUCAGGGCUCGUUCUGCAGAAACGCCUUUAACAUGCUGGAUCUGGUGGUGGUCAGCGUGUCUCUGCUGUCCUUCUUUCUACAUUCGAGUGCCAUCUCAGUAGUGAAGAUUCUGCGCGUGCUCCGAGUCCUCAGGCCCCUGAGGGCCAUCAACAGAGCCAAGGGACUCAAGAGUGUGAUUCAGUGUGUGUUCGUGGCCAUCAAGACCAUCGGCAACAUCCUGGUCGUCACCUCCCUGCUGCAGUUCAUGUUCGCCUGCAUCGGCGUCCAGCUCUUCAAGGGUAGAUUCUACAGCUGCACAGAUGAGGCAAAACACACGCCUGUGGAAUGCAAGGGCACUUUCAUUGUGUUUAAGGACGGGGACAUGAACCACCCCAUGGUGAAGGAGAGAGUGUGGGAGAACAGUGAAUUUAAUUUUGAUAACGUGCUGAUGGGGAUGCUGGCUCUCUUCACCGUCUCCACCUUCGAGGGCUGGCCACAGCUGCUGUACAAGUCGGUUGAUGCCAAUCAACCUAACCGCGGUCCCAUCUACAACUACCGCGUUGAGAUCUCCAUCUUCUUCAUCAUCUACAUCAUCAUCAUCGCCUUCUUCAUGAUGAACAUCUUCGUGGGUUUCGUCAUCAUCACGUUCCGUGAGCAGGGAGAGGUGGAGUUCAAAAACUGCGAGCUGAAUAAAAACCAGAGACAGUGUGUGCAGUACGCACUGAAAGCCCAACCUAUAAAAAUAUACAUCCCCAAAAAUCCGUCCCAGCUCAAGUUCUGGAGGAUCAUCAACUCCUCACAGUUUGAGUACAUCAUGUUUGUACUCAUCAUGCUCAACACACUCACGCUGGCUAUACAGCAUUACCAACAGUCCAAGAUGUUCAGUUCAGUCAUGGACACGAUGAAUAUGGCGUUCACGGCAGUCUUCACCGUGGAGAUGGUGGUCAAGCUCCUGGCCCUGAGGCCUUAUCAUUACUUCAUUGACGCAUGGAACGCCUUUGACGCGUUGAUUGUAGUCGGGAGUGUCCUGGACAUUCUUGUCACAGAAUUGAGUGGAGGAGGGGGACAUGGAGAGCCCAAAGGUGGGGGUGGGGCAGUGGCUGGGGGGCCCAAAGUGGAAGGCGAGGGCUCUAAGGUCUCCAUCACGUUCUUCCGUCUCUUCCGAGUGAUGCGUUUGGGGAAGCUGCUGAGCAAAGGGGAGGGCAUCCGCACGCUCCUCUGGACCUUUCUGAAGUCUCUGCAGGCUUUGCCCUAUGUCGGUCUGCUGAUCGCCAUGAUUUUCUUCAUCUAUGCUGUAAUAGGCAUGCAGACUUUUGGGAAGGUUGCUGUAGACGACAGCACUUCCAUCAACCGCAACAACAACUUCCAGCAGUUCUUCAUGGCUGUGCUGGCUCUCUUCAGGUGUGCUACUGGUGAGCAGUGGCAGGAGAUCAUGCUGGCUGCGUUGCCAGGGCAACGCUGUGACCCAGAGUCAGACUUCGAGCCGGGGGAGGAGUUUACGUGCGGCAGCAACCUGGCCUACCUGUACUUCAUCAGCUUCUUCAUGCUCUGCUCCUUCCUGAUCAUCAACUUGUUCAUUGCUGUCAUCAUGGACAACUUUGAGUACCUGACCAGGGACUGGACAGUGCUGGGCACGCAUCACCUGGACGAGUUCAAGAGAGUGUGGUCCGACUACGACCCUGAAGCUGUGGGCAGGAUCAAGCACCUGGACGUGGUGGCGUUGCUCCGCAGGAUCCAGCCUCCACUGGGCUUUGGCAAACUCUGCCCACAUCGAGUGGCAUGCAAGAGGCUGGUUGCCAUGAACGUGCCGCUCUACCCUGACGGCACCGUGUCCUUCAGCGCCACCCUGUUUGCCCUUGUCAGAUACUCCCUCAAGAUUAAGACUGAGGGCCCCAUUGACCAGGAGAAUGAGGAGCUAAGAGCCAUCAUAAAGAAGAUGUGGAAGCGCACCAAACCAAAGCUCUUAGAGGAGGUCAUCCCUCCCCCUAGAGGUGACGAGGUGACUGCUGGGAAAUUCUAUGCCAGCUUCCUGAUCCAGGACUACUUCAAGAAGUUCCGCAAGAGGAAAGAGAAAGAGAGGAAGAAGAAGGGCAAAGACAAGUCUGCCGCUCUUCAGGCUGGCCUGCGGACGCUGCAAGACCUGGCUCCUGAGAUGCGCCUGGCCCUGGAGGACGAGGGGGAGGGCUUCGAGGGGGACGAGGAGUUCUUCAGGAGUGACAGCGUCUUCAGUGACGCUCCCAUGACCCCGACCCCAGCAAGUACUCCCCUGCCCUCCUUCUUUGACGAGACGGCCGUCAGUAUCGAGACCAUGCCCAGGAUGCCCAGUGGUGGUGCCAGGCUGAUGGAGGAGGUGUACGCAGACUUGGAGGAGUCGAGGCCCACCUCCUCGCUCUCAAUGAUGGAUGAGGUGGUGGUGGAGCAGCCGCAGAGAUCAAUACCGCUGAUCAGAAUGCAGGCGGUGAAUGAAUACGACGGCCCGCCGCCCACGGCCACGCCCUCCCCCAUCCCCGUGUCUCCCACUCCGGAUCUCGCUCCUCCACCGCCAGAGAUGAGCGCUCCACCUACUCCUGAGCCUCUUGCACCAGGAGGUGGGGUGUCCUACCCACAGCCACAGCCACAACUAGAGCCACAGCCACAGCCACAGCCAGAGCCACAACUAGAGCCACAGCCACCGGGAGGUGGGGUGGCAUACCCACAGCCACAGCCACAAGUAGAGCCCCAGCCACCGGGAGGUGGGGUGUCCUACCCACAGCCACAGCCACAACUACAGUCACAACUAUACAUCCAGGAUGACGCACAGAGCACCGUAUCAGAGGACAGACCAUGGACCCCGGCUCAGCCUGAGACACCUCAGCCUCCACCCCCCACCACCACCAAUGAAAAUGUAGGAGCUCAACCAGCCACCCAACCAUACACUGAGAACAGUUACAAUGGUAACGGCUACAAUGGUAACGGCUACUAUAUCAACGGCUCCAGCACCACUGUAAGUGUCAAUGGCAGCAAUGGAAACAAUGGUUACAAUGGCACUGGUUUUGCUCGACGACGCCUGCUUCCUCCCACCCCCGCAGGCUAUAAGCCCUCGUUUAAUAUCCAGUGUCUGAGGAGUCCGACGGUUGAUGAAGAUAUACCCAUCCCAGGCACCUACCAGCAGAGCUCGCGGCUACGCGCACAGCCGCCCAGCAACAGCUACGACAUGCGUCCUGACAGCGCGAUGUCUGCCGCCUCCUCGGCCUCGUGGGCCAACAGCAACCAGCCCCGCCACGGCCAGCUGCUCUACGCGCCCCUCAUGCUGGUGAACCAAGACGGCGGCACCCAGGCCGUGUGGAACCCAGAGAGCAACGUCAGCGCCAGCCUUCCAGCCUCGGCCCGAGCCGGCUGGUCCCGGCAGGCAUCCACGCCCGGACCGUCGUUCCAAGGCCCGAGUCGGGCCUACAGCACAAUGCGAGUACCCUCACAGCUCAGCGGGGGCUACGUGGAGAAGGGAAGUGCCGACAGCCUGGUGGAGUCGAUCCUUUUAUCCGAGGGCCUUGGCCUGUACGCCAAAGACCGCAAGUUUGUGGACUUCGCCAAGCGUGAGAUAGCGGAAGCGUGUCACAUGACCAUCGACGAGAUGGAGAAUGCGGCGACGGACCUGCUGAUCCGAGGACAGACAGGACGGCGGCUGCAGUUUGAGGACGAGCUGGCCGAUGAGAUGAACUGCGUCGUCAACUACUGAGAGGUCACGGCGAAAGCUAACAAAACCACAGAGCGAGCGGCGCUGAGUCCACGCAGGAGAAAGACUUUGGAGUGCUCAUGUUCGACAGGAAGUUAAGGUCUUCCUCCAUGUGUAGUGAUCACCUUAAUGGAAGCAGAGUAUCUCUCUACCAACACUGACUGUAAGCACUGCAUUCUACACUCUAGAGGAAGCAGAGUAUCUCUCUACCAACACUGACUGCUGUUAGCACUGCAUUCUACACUCUAAUUAUGUCUCUACCAACACUGACUGUUAGCGCUGCAUUCAAACAGCUUGGACUGAAGUGCACGUGCCGUGCAUCAUGUCCUCUGCUAUAUCCUUACCUGAGUACCGCCUAGAAACAAGACUAGCUUCUCGCCAGCUUAACGCAGAUACAUCACACCAUAGUAGAACUCAGACUGGCUUUGGUGUACUGUGGAGCAAUGGUGGGUGGGUUAUUCAUGUAAUAAUUCUGAAGAACGGGGAGAGAGCUUCUGAUUUAAGAGGUUGAUAUCAGUUGAUACAAAGAUAAAACGAUGUAAAAGUGGAUUUUUAUCACAUUCAGAUAACUACAUCUUUCAUAUUAUGUCUGAAUUGUCAGUUUGAGAAACAAAAAAUCAAGUUGUGUAUUAUUCAGGCAAUGUUUCUUUUAAGUAAGUUAUUUAUUUUAUUUAUUUAAGGGUUUUUUCAAAGCGCCAUACUCUACACUGUUUACUUAUAUCUAUGGUGUUGUACUACUAUGUUCUAUUUCCCAUUUUUAUACAGCACCAAAACAGCUCACCCAGUCUCAGUUUCAAUCACUCCACCACUUUUAUAUGUACCUGUUGAGUGGUCAACCUCAUGAGGGAUUCAGGGCUACCCCGUAUUGAUCCUCACCUGUGGCCACAGACCAUGCAAAAGAAGUCAUGUUUAAACUUUCAGGUGAAGAUGCUCCAUAUUAACAUGUAACAGUUUUGGUAUCUUUGUAUGACUAUAAUAAAACAAAUAGAUAGGAUUAGACUUAAUUUGAGGAUGAAUAUGUUCUCAUGGAAUGGAAUAUGUUCUCAUGAUUAUUUGUUGUCCCGGGGAAGGAAAAGUAAGAUGCUGCUGUUAGAUUAGUUUUGUUGUGGUUGUAUUAUGUAUAUGUAAUAAAUUAUUCUUUUUCUCAA